UUUCAUCUGUCUGGGGUUGGUCUUAUCCCUCAGCCAAUGGAUCCAGCUAGUAUAAGCACCUGUAUUGGUCAUCAUUCAUCCAUCAUCAUAUCCUUCAAAAAUCCUACCAUUGAACAUAUACUGGUAGAUGUGCUGUUAACAGAUCCAGAAUAUAUCACACGUCCUCUCAGUGCAUUGGUCCUGAAUCGCUUCAGCAGUAAGGAGUUGGCUUUCUAUCUUCCACUCAAGCAAACACAAGCAAUCCCUCUACCUCCAAAAGGUAAACUGGACAUCCCCGUAUUAUUUGUGCCCGACACAAUGAAAUUGUAUGAAGCUGCAGUGAUUAUUCAUGUAGUGAGGCAGGACGGAGAAAACUGGCCCUAUAAUGAUGCUGCUGAAUUAAACAAGGACAUGAAAAGCAUCUCUAUGUCAGAGAAUGGAGAAAUCCGUGGAAUAUGUUGGAUCUACCCAAUUCAUGGAAUCCCUGAAGCACAACCAUAUAAAUCAGCACCAGCUGUUGUAUGCUGUCGUGCCAGAGACAGAGUGGAGGAGCGUGUGGAAGUUCUGUUAACUGGUGUAGUUCCUGGAACCACUGCUAUGCCAACAGCAAGAAAUAUUGCUAUCACCACUAAAAGUAAGACACCGAGUGUCCAGGAUGAAAUUCAGGUUACUGCUGGUUUUUCUACAACAGAUGAAUUUCUGUAUGAAAUUCAAUAUGAAUCUAAUAAAGUUAAAUCUCAGCUUGAGUCUUCAGUGGCUAUAAAUCUGGUGCAAAAAGAUCGGGAUGCAGAGUUUGGGAUUAUAACACUGACCUUCAAUAUAGUAUUUGCACCUAACAAACCAAUGAGGAAAUCUGCAACAUUGGUGGUACGGUGCACUACAGGUGGUGUCUGGAAGUUUCCAAUACUGUUACUUGCUACUGAGGCAGAAGUAGACGAUGUCAUCAAUAUUGAAGCAGCUGGCUUAAACAAAGAAUCAGUAAUUGGCUUUAGGCUAACAAGUCAAACAAGGUAUCCAGAACCAUUUACUGCAUACUUCCUGCCACGCAGCUCCCCAGAAUUUGUUGUAUUUCCUCAAGCUGGGGAACUUCUUCCACUUGACACUGUUGGAACCCGUAUAACUGUUGGAUUCAAGCCAAGUAUGUACAGCAAGAAGCAUAAAGCAACAUUAGUAAUUCAGACAGCAUCAAUGCAAUGGACCUAUGAGAUCAAUGGGCUGCCUCCACAGACUACGCCCCCUACCGCGUCAGCAAAAGUAGUUUCUAGGAGUGGUUAUCUGAGGUCAGCCACAGUUCGCCAGCGCAACUUUUUGCGUGAAAAUCUGAAGCUAAUUACCACAGGCGCAUCCUCCCCUGUCAAAGGUGGGGUCAAUUGAGGAACAAAGAGGUAGAUGCCCUGAUCUUCUAAAGCUCAAAAAUGGAUGAAUGGAGUUUAUUCACUUUCCAAAUCAAAUCAUAUUUGAGCAUAAACUGAAAAUGGAAAACUUGAGCACCAAAAGAAGAGCGCUGUGGAAAUUAAAUCUGCUUUUAUGCACUAUUAUAAUGGAAAGUGUUUGCAACCUAAACUAUAGCGGCUGCUACUACUGACAGCUGCAGUAAUUAAGAAAUACAAACCAGAACUUUCCAGGAAGUGGCAUGAGGUUCAAAGCUGAGAACUGAAAUAAUCCUCUAGGAAUCCAAUGCCUGCAGAAUUAUGAAUCAGACUGCGUCAAUGCAAUUAAAGGAAAAAAUCAAAAUUUCUCCAUUACAUGGCAAUAUAUCGAUAGGACUUAGUCUUUACUGAGAGCCAACCCAAAAUAUCUGUUUUUUCAGAAAUAUUUCAUAAUGCUGUAUAAUAAACUCAUUUAUCGAGGCUAUAUCCAAACUAGAAACUAACUCAACCAAUAGAAUUACAUGAGCACUUCAAUUAAAGACCUUCAAUAAAUCAACACGAGGUUUCAGUGGAACUAAAUAUCCUACAGAUAAACUAUUUUCAUAAAGCACAAGUUGCUGGAUAUUUAAUAACUAAAACUGAACUGUAGAAUAUAUCAGAUAAAGUAACAAUAGUAAAAGAAUAAACAUAU